AUGCCGAAACUUAACCACGUCAUUAUUGUGGGCGCCGGCCCUUCUGGUCUUUUGCUAGGUAUACUACUAGCGAAAAACCUCGGCAUCAAGGUUACUAUCCUCGAGGCCGAUACUAAGGUCAGUGGCCUUCCCCGGGCCGCCCAUUACGCUCCAUCUGCGGUAUACGAUUUCCAUCGUGCCGGUAUCAUUGAUGAUGUCCGUGCAAAAGGAUUCACGCCCAAAGGUGUAUGUUGGCGUGAGCCGGACGGGACCUUUCUAGGCGGUAUGGGCCGCGAACCAGAGGAUUCAAAGUACGCCAUGGUCGUUUUGCCGCUAGAUAAGCUUGGUCCACUACUUGUAAAGCAUUUCGAAAGCUAUCCCAACACCGAGAUCCUGUGGGGCCAUAAAUUCAUAGACGUGGAACAGGAUGACAAGAGCGCAACAGCAGUGAUAGAGACGAUCGACGGAGAAAAGAAGAAGAUCUCCGGCGACUAUCUCGUUGGUGCAGACGGUGCCUCGAGUGGUGUGCGCACUGCACUGUUUGGAAAAGAAUACCCAGGAGAGACGCUUCCAGCGCAGAUUAUUGCUACCAAUGUCUACCUUCCCUUUGACGAGCGCCAUGGCUGGUGGGACUCAAAUUUCGUCGUUCACCCGACUGAUUGGUACAUGGCCGCCAAAAUCUCAGAAGAUGGCCUUUGGCGAGUGACGUACGGUGACUCGGAGGGCCUUUCAAAAGACGAAUUGGUCAAACGCCAACCCGUUCGCUUUGAGCAGAUUCUAAUCGGACAUCCAAAGGCCAAUGAGUACAAACUCGUUAGCAUGAGUCCGUACAAGCUCCAGCAAAGAUGUGCUCCCAGCUUCCGAGUUGGCAGGGUCUUGUUAGUCGCCGACGCUGCCCAUCUAUGUAAUCCCUUCGGUGGCCUGGGUCUAACCGGUGGCUUCGCCGACGUCGGGUCUCUCUACGACUGCUUCACCGGCAUCCACCUGGACGAACUCGACGAAUCCAUCCUCGACCUCUACUCCGAAAUCCGCAUCAAGAUCUGGCGCGAAAUGAUCGACCCUAUGUCCCGCGAGAACUUCCACCGCCUCUGGGACCCCGCGUACGAAGAGAAGCGAAAGCAGUUCUGGGAGAUGUGCGAAAAAGUUGCCGACGACCCCGUCUGGGGCAAGAGUAUUGCAGAGAGCAUUCACAACAUUCGACACGACUUUACAAAGUACUUCAAGAGCAAACAGAAGAACCAAGGAAAGGGUAUGGAUGAGAUAAAAGCGAGUAAUGGGGUGUUGGCGGAGAAUAGCGCUGCUGCGUGA